UCUGGCUCUUGACUACCGCGUGGCAAAAAUCUCAACACGUUUUUUUCUCCUUUUUGUGCGCGCAGAACGAUACAAUCUCACCUGAUAUAAAGGACUAGGCUAGCAUACCAACAGCGCUCUUGUCGCAGCAGCCUGAAGCUUCUCUGAACUCGGUGCUGUCCAGGUGCUUUGCAAGCCGUCUCCUGCCCAGGGGGUGUGAGACAACUUCUCCCGCGAUGGGAUCGCUUCUGCCGGCUGCGCUGUAUUGCAUCAGCCUUUUCUUUCUACAACUUCAGGCGCUUCCAGCGGGAAGCCGGUCGGGAGAGAACAGGUUGGAUUUCAUGAUAGAGUCACGUCAACUUGAUGAGGGCAGCGCCACCUCCCCAGACUCUGACCAGCGCUCGGAGGACACCGCUGCCCCUCCGGCUGUAUCGUUAGACCGCGGUGCUCUGUGGAGAGCCCUGCUACUGAGAAACCCACCCGCAUCAUCUGUGGACUUGACGAGCUUCCUCCAUGUUUCCCACACUGCUCCGUCCAUGGGAGGGGCAUCAGCCGAGGGAGGGGAAGAGCCAAACCGAAGACGCCCAAGGGGCCGUCGCCAUGCCCAGGUGCGGAUUCGGCAGCAUCAACCCCAUGGCCAGCUGAAGCGUGUUGGGUGCAUCCUGGGCACCUGUCAGGUACAGAACCUCAGCCAUCGCCUCUACCAGCUGCUGGGCCAGUCUGGACUUCAGGAUUCCUCUCCCAUAAACCCUCGCAGCCCCCACAGUUACGGAUGAGCCCUGGAGUGACCACGGCCUCAACGGAAACCCCUGCUCAGCUGCUUUACCUACGUGUGUCCCAGUCAGUCUCUUUGGUGUUGUUACUGUUACUGUUACUAAUAGGCUAAGAAAUUGAUUUGAAAAAUUAAUGCAGAACUUCCUGUGUUUGCCAUCCUGUCCAUUGCGAAAUUGUGGAGUCUGUUUUUUGUUUUGUUUUGUUUUGCUUUUUUGGACAGCUUAUGUUACAGACAUGGCUGGAAUUCCCAUUCUCUCUGAGACGUUUUCACGUUUCAAUCCCUGUGCUACGAGAAUGAAGCCGUAUUUUCUUUACAGUGCCAUAAAAAUGCCGUUGUGAACUAUGAGCUGGUCUGCACUGCUGAACAAACUCCCGGGAUCUGCCUCCCAGGAAACCUCACUUAAGGCCGUCAGCAUCAACACUGCAGAUCCAACUAUUAUGCGGAUUUGAUCCCGAAGUGCAUUGGGAAUUCUGUCAGAUCGAUGCCGGUGCACCACAUGAGAGACUUGUAUGGUGCUAGACCUCCUCACCUCGCUGCCAACCCAUACCCUAAGAGCAAGGAGACGGCUCCCGACGGCCUGGGAGAAGAACUCCACCACGAGCAGAUGCAAUGGAGUGGCAUCUGCCAGCUAUCUCACUAGAGAUGACCACCGACAGCCUCCCACCUUUUCAAUGAAUGCUUAGAUCGGAUCAGUUUUGACCGUGAGACCAGGUCCAAUACACAUCAACAAUGAAAGAUCAGCAACCGAAGUUUACAUAAAGGUUUUAUUUUAAUUAAUGGGUAAUUCUUUUGAAAAUGAUAGUUCUGAACCAUGUUUUCCUUUAAAUGCAGUGGUUAGUUGGUUAAGGUCACGAUGCUCGUGUACAUGUGGUUACUGGUAAUAAUACUGAAUCUUUCCAGCUAUAGUCUAGAAGCUCAGUUAGUCUUGAUGUUAUAUAUAAUUUCUAAGGUUAUAAUAAAGUGUAAUGGAUAAUUUA